GAUGGAGCUUUGAGAAGCUUUCUGAGUUAUUCAUAGGCAAGCUCUUAUCCCAUUAGCAAGUUACAUUAUUUGUCUGAACACAAGUUAGCACACCAUUAGUCUAUGUCCACUACAUUCGGGCAUAUUUGGUUAGGAACACAGAAUGCUACCUUAUAUGCUAGAUGGAAAUUACAGGGAGAAGAAAAUUAUAGACCCCAAUAGAUGACUAAUAGCUCAUUAGAUCGGUAAACGCCAAUGACUGAAACUGAAAAGUAUUCUCAAGGUCUUUUAAGUUUUUUGCGCGUUCCUGAGAAAAGUAUUCUCCGCGUUAUCAUAGGACCUUAUAAUAAAUCUCAUUUCCUUUUAAGUGCUAAACAGGGUAGCUAAACGUCAACGUCUUCCUCUUGAGGGCCCUUUCAUCAAGUUGCAACUUUCUCAUCAAGUUGGCUUGGGGACCCAAAGGAGUAAUAUUGGUAAUGAAACAGCCUCAAGUAUGCUCUUAUACCUAAUAAUAAAAUAAUAGUGAGGUCUCAGCUGUACAUGAGUAGUACAGAAAUGUCUAAGCAUACCUCUCUGCUAAAAUAUUCAACAUUAAUCCUCAUCUUUCUGCAAACAUGCAAUGCUUGGAAGAGCAAGCCCGACUACUGUUAUCCGGAGACCCCUUCUGCUUGUGGUCAUAUCCGAGACAUCAGCUACCCGUUUCACUUAAACACUGACCCAAAAAUUUGUGGAGAUGAUCCGAAAUUUGAAUUUAGUUGUGAAGAUAACCAAACGGUUAUGUCGAUCCUCUCCAAGAAGCUGUAUGUGCAAGCCAUCAACUAUAAUAAUCAGACAAUUCACCUGGUAGAUCCAGCUUUACAAACACAAGAUGAUCUAUGCUCUUUCAGUCCUCAGCUUCUGUUCUUCGACCAAUCCGAUACAAUCUUCCAAUCAUACUAUAGUUGGCUUAGAUCAGCAGAGCCCAUUUUCAUGUUCAACUGUCCAUCUGCUGUUAAUAAUUCUUCGACAUUUCUGGAAAUUAGUGGCUGCAAAUUAAGCAGACACACUUAUUUAAAGAUUGGAGAAACGAAUGUCUCUGAAGUCAGCGAUGGAUGCAGAAUGGAAUUUAUAGCCAUGACCUCAUUGCCUGAUAUUAAAAAUGCAGAGAAUAACAUUUCCCAUUCUGAUUUUCGUCGAGCACUCCUCUACGGAUUUGAGCUUUUCUUUGUUCGCUCUCCGCGUGAUUUUGAAGAAAAGAAGAGUAUGCUUCAAAUUAUUUUUGACGGAAAACAAUGGAUAUAUUCACUCACUACAAUUUCAUUUCUUCAUGUCUUUGUAGGUGUGCUUUAUUGGAUUCGAUGGAGCAGCAUACCGCUACUUCAGCGUGUCGCCAAGUACUAUUUCGGAGCAAAAUUUGUGAUCGGCCUUCCGUUAGUAACUGUGUUUCUGGUGAUCAAAUUCAAAAGAAGGCAUUUGUCAAUGUAUGAUAGUAUUGAAGGCUUUUUGCGAACACAAAAUAAUUUCAAGCCAAUUAGAUAUGAUUACUCCCACGUAAAGAGAAUGACCAGAGGAUUCAAAGAGAAAUUAGGUGAGGGAGGUUAUGGCAGUGUAUACAAAGGAAAACUUCAAAGUGGAAGAGAUGUAGCAGUGAAGAUGUUGAACAAGCCUAAAGCUGGUUGUCAAGACUUCAUGAAUGAAGUAGCUACCACUGGAAGGAUUCAUCAUGUCAAUGUGGUUGGACUCGUAGGGUAUUGUGUUGAGGGAACAAAGUGUGCUCUUGUUUACGACUUCAUGCCCAAUGGAUCACUUGACAAGUACAUUAGCACCAGUCAAGAAGAGAGUCCUCUGUUAAGUUGGCAGAGGAAGUAUGACAUUAUUCUUGGAGUGGCUCGAGGAAUUGGGUAUUUGCAUCGAGGCUGUGAUGUACGAAUUUUGCAUUUUGACAUCAAGCCACACAACAUUCUUUUGGAUGAGAAUUUCAUUCCAAAGAUUUCUGACUUUGGGCUUGCAAAAUUAUAUCCAACAGAUAAUAGCGUUGUGAAUCUCACAGCUGCUCGUGGAACGAUUGGUUAUGUAGCUCCAGAGUUGAUGAGCAGAAGCAUCGGAGCAAUCUCUUACAAAGCUGAUGUCUACAGCUUUGGAAUGCUGCUAAUGGAAAUGCUGAACUUGAAUAGACAUGAAGUUGCAAAUGAAGAGAAUUCCAGCCAAUAUUUUCCUUAUUAUAUUUACGAUAAGUUCAACAAGGGGAAGGAGAUUGUUGUGGAUGAAGAAGCAAAUGAUGAUGAAAAGAAGAUGGCUAGAAAGCUGACUUUAGUUGCGCUAUGGUGCAUACAAACAAAUCCAAUUCAACGCCCUUCGAUGAGUCGAGUAUUAGAAAUGCUUGAAGGUGAAGUCGAAGUGCUAGAAGUACCUCCUCAGCCUCUUCAGUCUCCACCGAUUGUUUAUCAGACGACGGGAAGUUGUAUGACAUUUUCGUCUGAUUCAAUGGCUUUGUUAGAAAAUCCUUCCGUCGAAGUAGACAUAUGUUCUGAUUGACUAUAGUUGUGUAUUGUUCAUUUAAAAUGACUUAUCUGUGAGAAGGGCUUCACAUUUUACCAAGGGUCGGGUCUGAAUUGGUCCGUCUCGUUCAUUGCGUUCGCGCAGAACAAAUACACAUGGACAUAAUUAAAAGUCUAUUUUCAACCUUAAGACUUCAUCACUCCAUUUUGCGGCUUGGGAUUAUUGUUUGGGAUGAUUUUAUGGGGUUUUGUUGGAUUUCUUUGUAAUGCAUAUAUAUAAAUUUCUAAUUAGAUA